AUGAUGUAUGCCUCCCCAAGGCCCCCAAGUCGUCCUCUCCCUCAGGGCGGACAGCUCCCCAAACCAACCGGUUCCUCCUCAGGACUCUUAACCCCUCAGAACCACCACAUUGGUCUAAGGACACCUACUACUACUACCUCUACGCCUUCGCCAGGAACAACUACUAACCUACGCAAGAUCUCAGUAUCCUAUCCAACAACCACCACCCAGCCUGUGUUACCACCCUUGGCAGCCCAACAAGCAACCCAUGCCUCUCCUGCCUCCUCCUCCCCACACCUCGAUCCACAAUCCUCAACCCCUGUCAUGGCUACUACAACCCCCACUGCCGCUGCCGCUUCUACUACAGCCACUGCAAAUCCUCCAGGUGGUUCAAAGACAGAGAACGUUACUGUCACUGUCCGCAUCCGUCCCUUUUCAUCAUCCGAACUCAAGGUCGCUGGCGGCCCCACUGAUGUUUGGACAGUCGGAGACACCGGAUCGAGCAUUGCCUACACUGAUGACUAUGCCGUCCAAGCCAGGAGAGUUGCCGUCGAUUACAAAUACGACCACGCAUUGACGGGAAGCGACAAUGAGCUGAUCUACAACACCAGCGUGAAGGACUUGGUCCUAUCAGCCAUGGAGGGAUACAAUGGAACGGUCUUUGCUUACGGUCAAACCUCGUCUGGAAAAACAUAUACGAUGAGUGGAAAUGAGUCCCAACCAGGUAUCACACCUCGUGCCGUUGAAGACGUCUUCAAGUACAUUCGCGAGAACUCGGACCGUGAGUUCCUGCUGCGUGUCUCCUACUUGGAGAUCUACAACGAGUCAAUCCGUGAUUUACUCUCCCCUGAAGCCAUUGAUUUGCGGAUACACGAGGACAAACGUCGUGGCGUGUAUGUCAGUCCGCUCAAGGAGGAGAUUGUUACCGCACCCUCUCAGGUGAUGCGCAUCAUCGAGCGAGGAGACUAUCAACGACAUGUCAGCUCCACGGAUUUCAAUGCACACAGUAGUAGAUCCCACUCGAUCUUCCAAAUCGUCAUUGAGAGUAGAGACAGAUCACCGGCGACAGCGGGAAGUCCUACAGCGCGGAAACCAGGAUCCAAGUCUGCAAGUGCUGUCAGGGUGUCACAGCUGAACUUGAUUGAUUUGGCAGGAUCUGAGAAGGCGUCGUCAAACGAGGAGCGUCGCAAAGAAGGAGCUUUCAUCAACAAGUCACUCUUGACCCUUGGAACCGUCAUCUCCAAAUUGACCGAGGAGAAGGGGGCUCAUAUUCCGUAUCGUGAUUCAAAGUUGACGCGCAUUCUGCAGUCCUCGCUGAAUGGCAGUGCUCGCGUCUCCGUGAUUUGCACGAUCAGUCCGUCGUACUUGAAUGUGGAAGAGUCGAACAACACGCUCAAGUUUGCGGCGCGUGUCAAGAAGAUUGUGACCAAGGCGCAGACCAACCAGGUGAUGGACGACAAGGCUUUGUUGGAGAAGUACCGUCGCGAGAUCAGUGAACUCAAGGCACAGCUCAUGUUGACUGCUGGAGAUGGCUCCGCUAGUUCAGGACCUGGUAACGGAGCUGCACCUUCUGGACCUCAACAGGCUGAGCUUUCGAGUCUUUUGCAGAAGGAGCGGAGGAAGCAUGAGGAGGAGAUGGUCGAGAUGAAUAUGGUCCGGAAUGCACUCAAGGAGCGUAUUGAUCAUCUCACAAAGUUGAUUUUGACUUCUUCGUCGGUUCAUACCAAGGGCGCUGGAGCUCCUGAUCCACCCACGGCACGGUAUACUGUUGAGACGUCUGCCGACGGAACUGUGAUGGAAUUUCCAAAGGAGAUUGAGUCCCGCCUGGCGCGUAAGGAUACGAUUCUCAAGGAAUUGCAGUUGGAGUUGGAGAGCCAGCAGGAGAAGAUGGUGUUGAUGAAGACUGCGUUGGAGAAGGCUGUCAAGGGUGAUUCGGUGGAUCUGGAGAAGACGUUGGCCAAGGUUGAGAAUAUGGAUGAGCAUAACCCUCCAAGGGAGAAGUUCUUGAAUGAGAAGCGGGCUUCGAUCAUGAAUAUCAAGAAUUUGGAGGAGUUUGAUGGUGUUGACGGUGGGGAUCUUGCGGCGCUCAAAGCUCUUCAGCAGCAGCAUAGGGCGUUGCAGCGACUGGAUUCGCGCGAGUCUGGCAAAUCUGUGCAGGCGAUUGAAGACGAGGAAGAAGAUGAGGAGCUGAUGGACACGCCCUGGAAUCGUGCUGAGCUGCAGUCGUUGAGACAGGCGAAGCGAGAACUGGAGAUCGUAGUCAUGGAUCAGGAGCGUAAGCUGGAGGAUAUGGUUGCCUUUGAGGACUCUGAUGAGUUUAGGGAGCUGAUUAUUGAGAUGGAGGAGCAGCGGGAAAAGAUUGUUGCGAUGGAGGAGGAAAGGGAGGGGUUCCGGAUUAUGAUUACCGAGUUGAGGAAUACUAUCCGCAAGAUGGAAAUUGCUGGACCUCCUUCGAGUCAUGGAUCGAGUAAUAAUGGGUCGAGCGCGGCUUCUUCGGCGGCUUCGACGAUGGCGGCAGCGGCGGCGGCAAGGAUUAGAGAGGUGGAGUAUGUUGCACAGAAGGAGAGGCGGCUCCGGAUGGAGGAGCAGACGCAUAAUAUGGGCCGGAUUGCCUCCCUUGAAGCUGAGCUGACUAUGCUCAAAGCCGAGCUCUCUGUCCGCAACCUUGCCGACUUUUAG